AUGUCGAGUGCAAUGACCGAUGCCGAGGAUGCGUCCGCACGCACAAAGUUCUAUACCCAGACAUCCACAAUUUUCAACUCGCUGCAGUCCAUUGCCGCUUCGCAGCAGUGCGGCGACGCAGUGGACGAUGGCCUGCUCGAGACAGGCCCGUCGGUGCAGACGAUGCAAUACUUUAGCAGAAUUGCUGUGUUCUACUGCGACGCGAUCCACACAUACUUUGCGGCGCUCGAGGCUGAAGAUGCAAGCGAGACACAGUACCUUGGUCAUGUCCAAGCGUUGCAUACCAUUUUUAAACUCACACAAGUCCUUUACUUCCCCGAAGAUGGCCGCGGACUCGGAGUCAUUGGCGAAGAAUUGCUGCAUUGGCUGAAUGCGCACGAUGUUGCGCCUACCACGGAGCAAGGCCAGGAGAUUGCGAAAACCUCGCCGUCGCACGAACACCCCGAAUACUGGGACUACCUUUUUCGCUGCGUCUUGCGUGGAUUCUACACUACAGCGGCUACUGUACUGCAGAGCUACAUAUCUACGAGUGAAUCACCUACACUGCGAAGCAUUGCAAGUGAAACUGCGCAAAUAUUGACAUCAUUACCGCGUUCGACAGCGUUUGCAACCGAGCAGGCGUUUUUCAGUGCGCAUCGCAACUGGCACACUUCUGUGCGUGUAUUCCUCACGCGCCUUUUGUGUAAGAUGGAUGCAGUCCAGGAAGAGCUUGCACAAGCUCCGCACGCUACAGCGAAUCCUGAGAACAUACGUCUCGAACUUGAGGCACAGUUCCGCUGCUUGCUCGAACUCCUCAUUGGCGUCCGCGACCGCAUCUUGGAGUUUUCUGAAGAUUGGCGUGAGGCAGUUUGUGCCUGGGGCACGCUCGUACAGCCCGCUUUGAAGCGCGAUGAUCUUCCGGAUGUCGUGCAGCUGGUCACGGAGAAAUUUCCGGUAGACGGCACAUUGCCCAGCGAAAUGGUGCUGGUCGCUGUGAUGCGCGGCGAUAUGAGCAAGGUAAUCAAGCUUUGCACAUCUUUUGACGAAUGGCUCGCUACCCACGUGGGCGAUUUGUGCAACAAGGCCCAGCUUUUUGAGAACGGGCCGGCUGGAGAAGAAGGGGCACCGCUGAUGGACAAGGUUCUGUUUACCUGGGCCGAUACCCUUCUGCAGGAGGAGCGUCUAUGGCGCAUGGCGCUUGAAUACAUCGCUGUGAUUGGCACUCCCGUUGCACGUACCAAGAUGCGUGAGGUGGUGUUCAGCGUCCCUUUGUUGGAAGGAAGUAGCGAUCCAGAUGCGCAAUUCAGGCGCGUGGAAGAAGUGCUUGGCGCGUGCAUUGAGUAUGGCAUGGAUGAUGAAGUGCGCAUUGUGUGUCAACGCGUAGCGCAGGGGCUCUUAGAGCGCAAGCAAUACGGUGUUGCAAUUGCAUACAGCGUUCGCGCGCGUGAUGCGCAGCUGGUGCGAACUAUUGCGAAUAGCAUGCUGCACGACUAUGUCGAGCACGGGCCGGAGCACUUUAUUCGGAGCGUCGAUACCAUCCCGCGUGUCUUGCUCGACGGCGCCGAGUCGCUCGCAAAAGAAGCUGGGUUUGGCAAGCAGGAUGCGCAUUUUGGCACGUCAAGCAUUUUCUCUGCAGAAACCUUUGCACCGCUUGUGUUCCAUGUCAAGUACCGCGACUUUCACGAACUUUACUUGAAGCAAGAGACGUGGUUGGCUGCUGCACAAGUGCUAGUGGGUCUCAUGACCAGUGACGUCACGCCAGAAUCGUUCCUCUCCGUCCUGCUGGUGGACGCGCUGCCGCUCCUACAGGCUUCUGAACUGUACUUUUCUUCCACUGAGUCGUACGAGUUGCUGCGUAUUGUGGAGAAAAUCGGCGCUUUGGAUACGUCUGCCGAGGCAUCGGACUACUACUUUUACUGGCUCGAGCAGCUGUUGCAGCACAGCGAUGCGAAUACUGAUACCAAGCAGUCGGCUAGUGCGCGCCGGACGUUAGCGCAGGAGCGCAUGCAAGUUGUACGGCUCGCCAUUGCACAGUAUCUCUCCCGCGUCUUGGUAGAGAAUAGAAUAUGA